UCAAGUCCACUCCUCUCACAUCCAUCAGCAGAAGCAUAUAAAUGAAUGCAAUCAGUCACAUUUCCAUAAAGUUUCUAUAUCCGGCCGCCCGGGCUAUGCGUAAAAGGAUUGCGCGCCACGUCCCUGCCAUUUUAAACUUUCACAUUUUUUGUCACACUCAGCGUGAUACCGCCAUCAGGGUCCGUCUUACCCUCGCUCUGGCUCCAGCAAUGUUGCCUUAGUUUUGUGUGGUUGCGUGGAAACUAAAAAGGCAGCAGUGAGCGAGCCCUGCCUGAACUGUGGGAGCAUUUUCCACCGGCGCUUCGUGGCUGCUGCAGCGGCUUUUUGCACAAGUUUGACGAGGACCUGAUGGGAGCUAGCCAAAAUACUAACCAAACCCGGUUGUUUGGGUGUGCUCGGAUGUGAUCUACGGGGCGAUUUCACUGGGGAGCACAUGCCUGGAGACGCACGAUGAAAAUGAGAGGGAAACCCGCAAAGACGCUCAACAGCUACAGGGGAGGUUGAUGUGGACAUCAUCCCGUGCUUCCAGGUGGUCCGUCCUGGAGCAUGCCAAUAUUCCACAAUGCCCCUGCUCUCAGACUGGCUUCUGCGCCACUCUGUGGUCAUGUGUUUGUUGCUACACAGCUUGGUGCUGAUGACCUUCUGCUUCCACCAUGCUGCCACCAGUUGCUCCAAGAGCUGCUACUGCUCUGAGAGUGACAGCGCCGGCAAGACGGUGCGCUGCAGCAACCUACAGCUCACAGAGAUCCCUAAGGAUAUCCCCAAUGACACACGACGCAUUUAUCUGGACUUUAACCUUUUCACUACAGUCCCAACGAAUGCUUUCGCAGGGUUGCACCAGCUUGUUGAACUGGAUCUAUCUCACAAUGAGUUAAGCCACUUGGAACCGGGAGCGUUCAGAGGUCUCGGCUCCUCUCUGCAUUUCUUGGACCUUUCUUCAAACAAGCUUGUAAACUUUAACGCUGAUGCUUUUGAAGGUUUGCGGGCUCGCGCCAACCUGACAAACAAUCCAUGGCAUUGUGACUGCAACUUACAGAUGGCAUUGCCUCGUGUGGACCUGGAGCCUGCGUCCUUAACGGGAAUUGUGUGCCAGACUUCAGAUCCUGAGGAAAUAGGAGUUCAAGGACUUGCCUUCCUGUUGGCACCAGACAUAGACCUAUGUGUCGUAAUGAAGAGGACUACAGAUGUGGCAAUGCUGGUUGUCAUGUUCGGCUGGUUUACCAUGGUCAUCUCCUACCUUGUCUAUUAUGUCAGAGCCAAUCAGGAGGACGCUCGCAGACACCUGGAGUAUCUUAAGUCCUUGCCCAGCAGACAGGGCAAGUCUGAGGAGUCAUCUACCAUUAGCACUGUGGUGUAGGGCUGAUGGAGCUACAGGUGGAACUUAAUCACUCAAACCAAACAGGAUGGAACUACAGCCUGCAAAUACAGUUAGCAUUAGACUCAAAUGCUUUAACAAGUCAUGAAUCAAGGUGGGCAACAAGACGUGCCUGCACAAGACUAGGCCAGAAGAAACCAGGCCAGUGGAAUCUAGCCUACAUGAAUAAUAGAUCUCUCUGCGGUCCAUUGCAAGUUUUGUACGCUGAGAUGAUGGGCCAACCUGCGCAGAAAUGGAGUAAAUGCAGCAGUAUCUUUUGGCGAACGUUAAAUAUGGGAUACAAAUGGGAUUUAACCAGUCAUGCAUACACAUUGUUGCACAAACAGACAAGUUAGGAUGCAACGUCAGACAAAGAAAUGAUAAGAAAUGGCAACUGUAGUAUGGAGGACUCAAUUUACAACUGUUUCCCAUUAAAUUCCAUAUAGUUCUUACUAGUAUAUUAAAAGCAUUUUCUCAU